UGUCCUCUAAAAACUCGGUUUCCCAGCAGCCACCUUUCCACUUCCGUUCUUGUGCAGUAACCCCGGCUUCUCUGCUGAGCGUCAGUGCCAUGACAACAGGACGAUGGCUGCAUCGGCGAGACGGUGAGAAAUGUGAUGUUUGUGUGAGCGAGAAGUAACGAAGCUUCGACAUUUUUUCGGACUGGCUCGUUCUUGUGAAGAGGCAGGAUGUCUCUGUUCAAAGCACGUGAUUGGUGGUCAGCAGCACUUGGUGAGGGGGAGGAGUUUGACCAGGGCUGCCUGUGUGUUGGAGACGUAGACAACAGCGGCACUGGACAUGACAAGGUUGUAGUGGGCAGUUACAUGGGGAUGCUGCGGAUCUUCUCCCCACAUGCUAGUAAGGCUAGUGAAGGAGGUCCAGCUGACACUCAGCUGCUUGAAGUUCAGCUUCAAAACGCCAUAAUCCAGGUCGAACUGGGCAAGUUUGUCUCGUGUUCAGAGCUUCUUCACUUGGCUGUUCUCCAUCCCAGAAAGCUGUCGGUCUACUCAGUUUCAGGCACUGCAGGGAAUGUGGAGCAUGGUGACCAGUACCAGCUUAAGUUGGUUUACGAGCAUAACCUGCAAAGAACAGCCUGCAACAUGACUUAUGGCACCUUCGGAGGAGUCACAGGUCAUCAUUCCCUGUGUAUCCAGUCUAUGGAUGGGAUGUUGAUGUUCUUUGAGCAGGACAGCUACUCCUUCGGCAGGUUCCUCCCUGGUUUUCUGCUGCCUGGUCCACUGACCUACAACCCCAGAACAGACAGCUUCCUCACCGUAUCCUCUGCACGUGAGCUAGAGAGCUACAAGUAUGAGACUUUGGCUGUGGCUACAGAAGCAGAAAGUCGACAGGAUCCCAGCUUACCCCUCAAGACAGGGGGCAAGAGGCUGAUGCCUGACUGGGCAUUUGUCCUGGGAGAGCAGGCCCUGGAUCUCUGUGUGCCCUCUUUCUCCCACGCUUCCUCCUACAUCUUCAUCCUGGGUGAGAGGAACCUCUACUGUCUGCGUGACAAUGGGCAGAUCCACUUCAUGAAGAAGCUGGAAUUCAACCCCAGCUGCUUCCUGCCAUAUGCCUCAGUGGCAGAUGGCACCACAAACCUGUUGCUUGGUAAUCACACCAACAUGCUGCUGAUUUACCAGGAUGUGACCCUGAAGUGGGCAGCCCAGCUCUCCUUUGUGCCGGUGGCUGUGCGUGUUGCCAACUUCUCGGAACUGAAGGGAGUGGUGGUCAGUCUGAGUUCAGGUGGUCAUCUUCUGUGCUCGUACAUGGGUACAGAUCCCUCUUUCUUCUCAACUCCGAAGGUGGAUGCCAGGGAGGCAGACUAUGAGCAGGUGGAAGCUGAGAUGAAGAAACUGCAAAAAUUCAUCAGAGAGGCCACCAGGAUUCAGGACAUUGUGCCCAAAACUGAUAGUGAGGAUGACCUGUCCAUUUCUACCACUGUUUCCUCCAGCAUGGACAACCCUUCGCAAGCCCUGAUCCAUGAUCUCAAUGGUCUGACUGUACCCUCAGUGACUGUACAGGUGAAGGUGAAGGCCAAUUGUGUGGUGCAGUCAUCUAAGCUGACUAUUGGGGUCCAGCCUCCUCUGGCUGUCACUCAGGAACAGUUUGUCCUCGAGGCCAUGGGCAUUGGUGCAUCCAAAGUUGUGGUGUUUUCAGCUUUCCUCAAUGGCCACUACCCCCCUGCUGAUCUGACAGGAGACAUCACUGUAUCCUACAGCUCGCCGACAGAGCUUAACCCCAAAGGAGUUCCCAAGGUUCUCCAGUCCAGGUUCAAUCUUCCACUGUCGCUGGUAUGUGUAGCUUGUCCUCCAGGCAAAGCUACCAAGUUUAAGAUAACUGUGGACACCAACCAGCCACCAGUUGACCUCAGCUCCAUUUUCCGAGAGUUUUCAGCAAAAUCAGAAGAUAAGGAUGGGAAUGGUUUAGCUUUCCAGUUUCUGUCUGGAGCCAAGGUUUCUGUGCUAGCCUCCAAGACCUCCCAGCGUUACAGAAUUCAGAGCGACAGUUUUGAAGACAUGUGGUUGGUGGUGAAGGAGCUGGUCCACAGGUUUGAUCAGCAUUUCUCCAAAGUGGGAAUCAAGGAUUUCAAGAAAAGUUUCAGUGGACCUCUCCCACUGGAGGAGUACUUCCUGUCCGUAGACAAUCACUUCCAGCUGCGUGUCAGCGCUCAGAAAUAUCAGGACCUGCUGUCGGAGCGAGCAGUCCAGUUCAGAGCCAUCCAGCGCCGCCUACUGACUCGGUUCAAAGACAAAACCCCAGCACCCCUGCAGAACCUUGACACACUAAUGGAUGCCACUUACACCCAGGUGAUGGCACUGGCGGAGGCUGCAGAGGAGAACAGGGCGCUGCUGGAAGAAGCGUUUGUUCGUCUGCGGAGUGCCACACACCUGCUGGUGCUGCUGCUGUCCCUGUGGCAGGGCCUGACCCCUGAUCAGACCAGCAUCCUGGAGGCCACACUGCUGCCACUGCUGCAGGACACACCGCAGCUGGGCUGGGAAGAGAGCUGUGAUGCUGCCGUCUCCCACCUUCUACGAACCUGCUUGUCACAGAAUCCCAAGGACCAGGCUACUUCUCUGGCGCAAACAGGAGGACCAGUGCUAGGCCUCCCCAGUGACACCACUCGUCUCAAGAAGCACAUCAGCCUGCUUUGUGAACGCAUUGGCAAGGGAGGGCGUCUCACCCUGGCUUCUGAGGCUAAUGUCCAGGUCCCUGCUCAGGUCCAGAAUCUUGCUGUUCCUGGAGGUAUUGAGCCCAUAGCAGAGAUGUCUGGUGAUGGGGAGGAGAUAGAAGUUCCACAGGAGGCGACCAAGUUAUUAAAAAGAAACAGCCAUCUAAGAAAGCCAAGAAAGUCUUGUGACAUGAUCCACAGAGAAGCAGGAGAGUUGUUUACGAGCUGUGGAUGAAAAGCAUGUCAUUGCAGUUGCUGUGUAUGUGGAUGCUGCUUUGGUUACAUCUUGGCAAAGACAUCAGACCUUGUCUCCAUAAAAUCCGUUGAUGAACCUGUGAACUGUCUUUCUCUGCCUGCACACUGUGCAAAACAUGCUGAAAGAGACUCAUUAGUG